AUGUCCCAAUACCUCGACGAACAGACGCCCCACCUGCGGCACCUCCACGCCCAACUCGCCCUCCCCUCCUCCGUCCUCGAAGCAGACCUCGCACGGAUAGAACAGGCUAUCAAGCAGGUCAUCACGAAUAUCAUCAGGGAGAGGGAGGCGCAGGUGGAUGUGUUGAAGGAUGAUAUAGAGGGGAGGAAGAGGGAUGUGGUCGGGCUGGGGAGGGCGGUGGGGGAGAGGGCGAGGGGGGUUGGGGAGAGAGGGAGGAGGGAGGGGGAGGAGGGGGAGACGUUGCCGAGGCAGUUGGAACGGCUUGACGAACAAGCAGAUGAACUGAAAAGGAUAUACGACGAACGCCUGGCGCAUGUCCAAGCCCAACACCAAACCCUCUCCCACCUCUCCACCCUGCUCGGCCCGCCAUUCCAGCCUCCAGAGCCUUUACAGCCUAUAGCAUCGUCUUCGAAAUUGCAUCAACAUACAGAGGGGGAAGCGGGGGAGAGAAAGAAGCCGAGAGAGACUAUAGCGCAGGCUAUAGCGAAUGGGCAUCAAACGCAAGCUCAAGGGAAAGAGCAGGAGAAGGGGGUGUGGUAUGAUGUGGGCGAAGGGGUAUCGGACGAACUGGAUGCCGCAGUCUCAAAAGCUCUCGAAGAACGCGAAACCCGCCGAAAAAACCUCUGUCAAGCAUUCUUCAACCUCACAUGGCUGCACUCAGAGCUAGCUCUACCGCCGAUACCCACCUCCACCCCACACCUCUUCCCGCCCCACCUCCUCCCGCCUUAUGAAGAAGAAGAAUCCCCAGGCAUCUACGCCUCGUACGAGAAACUCUUACACAGGCUCAUAGCUCAAAACCCCCUCCCGCCGGGGGAGAGCGAAGAAUGGCCGGAAGUGGACGACCUGGAGGGUAUGGAAGAUGUCGAGCCGGAGAUUCCCCUGAUUGAGUGGGUGGAUGAGGUGACAGAGUUGUGGGCGGGGUUGAAGGAGGAGCAUGAGGCGAGGAUACAGGAGAUGUAUAAUUUGGUGGAGCCGUUGUGGACAAAGUUGGAGGUGGAUCAGGAGACGAUGGAUUGUUUUGUGGAGAUGAACAGGGGGAGUGGGGAUGCUACUAUUGCUGCUUACGAAGCCGAAUACGAACGCCUCCUCGAACUGCGCCGCGCCUCACUAUCAUCCUUCAUCCUCUCCGCCCGCGCCACCAUCUCCAGCCUCCACGCCACCCUCAUCUACUCUCCCCCCGAGAUCGCCCUCUCCCCCUUCCUCCAAGACGACAAUUACACCGAAGACCUCCUGGCUUUACACGAGCAAGAGAUUGAGAGGCUGGAGGAAGAGGUGGAGGGGAAGAGGGAGUUGUUGCCAAAGACGAGGGAGUGGUUUACGCUUGUGGGGGAGGAGGAGGAGUUGGAGAGGAAUGCGAUGGAUCCGGGGAGGUUUUCGAGGAGGGGGGGUGCUAUGUUGAGGGAGGAAAAGUUGAGGAAGAGGGUGAACUUGCUCAAACCGAAAAUUGAACAAGAACUCUUGACGUUGUUGCCGAGGUGGGAAGAAGAGAAUGGACGGCCGUUUAUGGUUGCUGGGGAGCGGGUGGUGGACAAGAUACAGACGGCGUUGGAGGAGAAGGAGAUGGCGAAGGAGGCCAAGAAGGUGAGUUUCUCUUCUUUCCUUCUCUCACUUCUUUCGCGCCAAACAAGGUCUAGGCCCCCUCCCAUCAACCUCUUCUUCGGCAAGACCACUGGCCCCGUCCAGGACGGUACGCGCUACCCCAGCACCAGUCGGCCGCUCGACACGCGCUACAGCCCAAUCGACAGCCCAAUCGACAGCCCAAUCGACGGCGAUGUCUGGAAGACAAGUAUUAGGGAAAAGGGGUGCGCCGGGGCCUACGCCGACGGGGCUUGGGAUGGCGAAGCGUACGAGGGGAGAGGCGCCUUCUGCUGGGGUUCGUAUGGGAACGGGAAUGGGCACGAGCACGGGGGCAGGGAGUAUGCGUCCACCCCAAAAAUCCGGGAGGUCCGUAUCAACAUCAACAUACCACCGUCCCACCGCCUUGCACAACAAUCAUCAGACGGCUGCCUCGCCCACACCGUUUCAUGGUACCGGCCGGUCCGUUUCUGGGCCGCAUCAAUCAUCGACGGCGGCGGCGACGGCUGGAGGGAUGAUGAUGACUGCGAAAAAGAGUGGGUUGGGGUUGGGCUUGGGGGAUGGGAGAAGGCCUGGAAGGCCUGGGGCAGCGGCGGCUGGGAUGGGGAUGGCGGGUAG